AUGUUCGACCAGCGAUUGGUGGACGAGUUGAGGGCCGAUAACCAACUAUUGGCGGCCAAAGUGUCUCACUAUCAGACGUGUGUGGAUGUGUUGGAGGCGUACCGCAAGUGGUUAAUCAUAUUCACCAACAAUAACAAGUCGGACACACAACUGAUCCAAUUGAAUGUGGUGUUGGAUCUCGAGAAACAAUACAAAGCCGUGUUUCCCAUGGAUUCACAAUUGGAUCACCGAUUGGUUGGCGCCGACGACACCGUCGCCGCCGAUACCCGCAGUCCAGCCGUCGGCCAUAAUGUCGUACAGAAGCCCUCGCCAUCGGUGGCGCCCAUGAAGUAUGUGCUGUCGCCGCAGCCAUCGUCCAGCACUCGACCCGCGAGCGCAGCCCCACCCGUCACACCCGUAACGACUCCUAUGCCGACCCCUAUGUCGACCCCUGGGGUGCAAGUGUUGCCCAAAAGUACUCCUUUGUCGACCCCUGGAGUGCAAGUGUUGCCCAAAAGUGUACCGAAAGUAUCGGUUCCUCCCAUUACGACCACUAUUGAGCCAAUAGAUGUGGCCCUCGCUGUCAAAGACAUUGGGCCGCUAUUGGGUGUCGGCAUCACUGGUCGAGUCGGUCGGCCGCCAAAGGUAUCGCUUGAACUUCCGGUUCCCGAUAAGACAGUUGUUCCCAAAGUGGCCGCCAAAGCGUCGGUCAAAGGGUCGGGCAAAGCGCCGGCCAAUGUGUCGACCGCUGAGCCGAAGCCUUCGAAAACAGUAACCGUCAGCGAAACGAUUAGCAAAACAAUGGCUAACCUUAAGGAGAAACCAAUCAUCACUUACGAGGGUAUCUCUCGCCGAAGUAGUCCACGAAAACGGCCGCAAUUGGUUGAAACCCCGAUCGACACGCCUAUCGUCGAAGAAAUCGCCGCAAAUGUCGAAACAAUAGACGAUAAAAGCGAUUCCAAUAACGAAUGGAGUGAUCACAUGUACCACAAGAAUACCAGCGAUUCCGCCGACGGAUCAGAGACCUGGUCGGCCACAAGCGGACCCAUUAUUGACACAAACGACGAAGAGUUGACCGAUUGGCGCGCCGGAGAUGAGACGCCUGUUAUAGUGUCGCCCAAAAUGGUGGACACUUCGCUUAAGACGAGCGCCAAUAAUAACCAGACUUUGGAUGAAAUAGAAUUGAAUAACAAGUCGGUUGUCAGCGGUUCCAACACUCCAUCCAAACCAUCACCCGAUGGCAAACAAGUGGUGAAUCAAAACACAGAUUUAGUUGUCAAACACAUGGGUUUUCUAAAGCCAAACACUACACCACUUGCGACUACAACAUCGGCAAUGAUUAUCAGGAAUAGACCGCCAGUGACUACAACACUGUCAAUGAGUACAACGCCAGCCGUGACUACAACAUUGGCAAUGAGUUCCAGGAAUACACCGCCAGUGACUACAACACUGUCGAUGAGUACAACACCGGCGAAGAGUUCUGUGGGAACAAUCACUGACAAGCAGUUGAUGCCAGCGAAAGGUCCACCGUUUGAUAUUCUGAAGACAGUGGCCAUUAACGAGUCGAUGAACGUCUAUAAAGGCGAUAAUUAUGUGCUCAACAUUGAUGUCGAGAAUCCUAUGAUCUCUGUUAUGAGCCAAAAGCUGAAGCCGAUUGGACCGGGAAUGACCGAAACGGCCGGUUCUGCCCAAUGGAUAGUCGGCUAUCGAUGUAAUUACAAUGACUGCGAGUUUGUGUCUCACGACCGGAACAUCACUCGCGACCACAUCGUUGUCCUCCACACCCGCGACGAGCCGUUUGUAUGCGAUUUCUGUAACAAAGCGUUUGCGAUGAGAGAUCUGGAGAAACACCAGAAGAGCUCACACGCCGACAAUCAGCGGCUGUUGAUUAGGUGUCGGUUCGCCGGAUGUCACUAUUGGACGGGCAGUAAAGAGAAACUGAUUCUGCAUUACAAACAACAACAUAAAGUACGCGAAGAACCAACGCCUCCACCGCAGCCGUCGACACCAUCGACGUCGUCGGUCGCUUUGGCGACCACUAAACCGCGCCAACGAGCGGUCGCUUUGCCGCCCAGGAGUUCCAUCCAAAUGCCCAUAAUCUUCGAGAGUUUCAAAACCAAUCAACACAACAACAACAUCGGCAAUGGUCUGCGGAUUAGUAACGGGCCCAUUGAAAGGGAACGACUGCCAUCGAAGUCCAACUCGAAGAUACACGCGUGCGAUUGGCCGGACUGUGACGCCCGGUUCAGGACACGGGGCGAAGUGCUCAACCAUAUGAACCGACAUAUGGGUCAACAAAACACAAUGACUAAACUGAAGGAUUUGAUCCGGAGUGGCAAUUACGCGAUCACAGCUGAUCCACAGAAUACGGCCCUUUCGCUGAUCUGCGAAAUCGAUACCAUGAAAGAGAUGGGCUUUAAAUGCAAUCACAAGGACUGCACGUUUGUGAACAUAUUCCGACACCUAAUGAACCAACACUUGAUGACCCACCAGAACAAGGACUCGUUCGCCUGCGGCCACUGCGGCAAAGCCUAUGGACUCAAGAUAUAUUUGGCGCACCAUAUGAUGAAAUACCAUAAAUCGGCGACAGAUGGCCAGAAGUCGACCACAACAGCGCUAAGACCGGGAACUACUUUUAGCAUACGAUUGGGUGGACACCAGCGACCGCAACAACAACAACAGCGACCACAACAACCACAACAGCAGUCUUCGGCCACUAACGAGACUCUAUGGCGCUGUUCGGCGCCGAACUGUGAGUUCAAGUCAUACAACAAGUAUUACUUCAGACGACACGCGCUUAUAAAGCAUGGGAUGGAGAAGGAGUGGAAGUGUGGCCACUGUUCGGCGACAUUCAAACAACGCCCGCAACGCACUCAACACGAACACGAGGCUCACGGCGGCGGACAACACACGCCGGUCGCCAAACGGGUCUCUUUCGGAACCAAAUCGCGUCCGUCUUCUAUCGGCGGCCGAACGCCCGAUAAGUCGCUGACCGGCAACCGGUCGCCGAAGAUGAAGGUCCGCUUCCGACGCCACUCGUCGCGUGUCGUCGGUUUGACGUAUAGUCUGCGCCAAUCGGAUAUCAAUAACGAUCUCAAAGCUAUCAAUCGGGCCAACAAACGGCCCCAUUCUUCGAGUUCUGUUGCGCAACCGUCGCCGACGCCGUCCCGACCGUCCACUGCCGUCAAGAGUAGCCCAAGACUGAGACGGCGACGACGCGCCAGUGCUCCCAAUCGGAGACUUUCUUCGAGUGCCACCAGUAGUAGUGCCGUCAGUACUAGUAGUAGCAGUAGAUCCAGACAAUCGUCGGCUAAAUCCAGACAUCAUUGUCCGGUCAGUGGAUGCCAUAAGAGUUACGCCUUCGCGCAGACACUGGUUAUGCAUCUGAAAAGCCAUAGAAAUAGCGCUAAUUAUAAUUUACGGCAAAUCAAGCCGUAAGAGAGUGACCAUCUGUUGUGUAUUAUCACGUGAUUACCGGUAUAUAUGAAUCCUAAUAUACGGUAUAAAAAUCCCAUUUAAUUAAUUAAUUUUUGAUAUAACUAUAAUUUUUUCGCUUCAUUUAAUAGUUUGUUAAAACAGUUUUGUAAUCAAUUACUAGUUUUAAGUUUACUUUAUUUCUUAUAUUACAAACUCAUUCCCACAAUAAGAGUGUUGUUGUCAUCACUUCCACUACUUUACUAUAUAAACAAUGUAAACAUUACGUCAUUUGUUGGCCUAAAACCACUGGAUUUACGGCCCGUUUAAUAAAACCGUUGUUAAACUGA